AUGCAGAUCGUCUCGGUGUGGAUCUGGGAGGCGCUCAAGCUCGUGCCCGAGCGGAAGGCCGUGUGGCUGCCAGAGGAGUGGCGCUCGGAGGUCCCCCGGUGGCUUCUGGCGUACCUGCCGAACCAGGGGAGGCCGCUUGCGUUCGGCCCGAUGACUUUGAACGACGUGUGCGUCAUGGUGCCCGCCUGGUUCGGGUCGGUUGCGACGCUGUUCACGUACUGGUUGACAGCGGAAAUCUCCGGCAGUACGAGCGCAGGCGCUUUCGCAGCCUGCGUGAUGGCCAUCAUCCCAGCUCAUAUCAUGCGGUCUUACGCUGGAGAGUUUGACAACGAGUGCGUCGCGAUGACCACCUUUGUUGCUUUUUUGUGGCUGUGGUGCCGCGCAGUGCGAACGCCAGGAUCCUGGCCUUGGAGCGUCCUCGCAGGUGUGAUGUACGUGUGCGCCGCGUGUACUUGGGGCGGCUACAUAUUUGUGAACAACAUCGUCGCAAUGCACGCCGCUGUUAUUGUUGUACUAGGCAAGCACAACUACGGGCUCUACAGAUCCUACACGAUCUUGUGGAUCAUCGGCAGCCUCGGUGCCAGCUGCGUGCCGGUCAUCGGCUGGGCACCAAUCAGGUCGCUGGAGCAGAUGCCAGCGCUUCUGACCUUCUUCGUCUUUCAGGUGAUGCAGGUGUGCGACUUGUACCGCGCAGCGCAGAGGGGCGGCAUGUCGGCAUGGAAGUUCUUCUUCUUUCGCUGCGGUGUCUUCGCGGUCCUGGUUGGACUGGCUGCGGGGGCCGCCUACACGUUGUGGGAGUUGGGUUUCUUCAUGCCCCUCGGCGCCCGGAUUAGGGGCCUCUUCUUGAAGGCCCAGAAGACAGGGAACCCGCUGGUGGACUCGGUGGCCGAGCAUCAGCCGUCCAGCAGCCAGGCCUACGAGCGGCUCCUGGGGGAUCCCAGGUACCUGUCGGCGCUCGGGCUGCUCCUCUUCAGCUGGCACCAAGCAACACCGGCCAAGUUCCUGGUAUCGAUCUACGCGGUCGUGUCCUAUUACUAUUCGCUGAAAUGUCCAGGCUGA